GCUGGGAGCGGAGUCAAGCCGGGGGCGAGGCAUUGAGCCAGUCCCGCGCCGGGGGCGUGGAGGCCGCGCGAGGGAGCCGGGGGCAGGUGCGGGAGGCAGAGAGGGAGGGAGCGCGGCGGAGCGCCGCGGCCAAGUGCAUUGUGUCUGGCGGCGGCGCGCGAGCCCACCGCGGCCGCGGCGGGGCGGGAAGCCAUGGAGCCACGGGCGCUCGUCACGGCGCUCAGCCUCGGCCUCAGCCUCUGCUCCCUGGGGUUGCUCGUCACGGCCAUCUUCACCGAUCACUGGUACGAGACCGACCCUCGGCGCCACAAGGAGAGCUGCGAGCGCAGCCGCGCCGGCGCCGACCCUCCGGACCAGAAGAACCGCCUGAUGCCGCUAUCGCACCUACCGCUGCGGGACUCGCCGCCCCUGGGGCGCAGGCUGCUCCCGGGUGGACCAGGGCGCAACGACCCCGAGUCCUGGCGCUCGCUGCUGGGACUCGGCGGGCUGGACGCUGAGUGCGGCCGGCCACUCUUUGCCACCUACUCGGGCCUCUGGAGGAAGUGCUACUUCCUGGGCAUCGACCGGGACAUCGACACCCUCAUCCUGAAAGGUAUUGCCCAGCGAUGCACAGCUAUCAAGUACCACUUUUCACAGCCCAUCCGCUUACGAAACAUUCCUUUCAAUUUAACCAAAACAAUACAGCAAGAUGAAUGGCACCUGCUUCAUUUGAGAAGAAUCACAGCUGGCUUCCUGGGCAUGGCCGUCGCUGUCCUCCUGUGUGGCUGCAUUGUGGCCACAGUCAGUUUCUUCUGGGAAGAAAGCCUGACGCAGCAUGUGGCAGGACUGCUGUUCCUCAUGACAGGGAUAUUUUGCACCAUUUCCCUCUGCACGUACGCUGCCAGUAUCUCGUACGAUUUGAACCGGCUCCCGAAGCUGAUUUAUAGCCUGCCUGAUGACGUAGAACAUGGCUACAGCUGGUCUAUCUUCUGUGCCUGGUGCAGUUUGGGCUUCAUCGUGGCAGCAGGAGGUCUCUGCAUCGCUUAUCCAUUUAUCAGCCGGACCAAGAUCGCACAUCUAAAGUCUGGCCGGGACUCCACAGUAUGACUGUGUCUGCACGCAGGGCCCCGCCACCAUGCGGGCAGCUCCUGCAGGGAGCAGAGAGGAGUUCGUGUGGGGAUUCCAAGCACAAAGCCGUCUUCUCCAUCCCCAAGGGUCGCCUGCCAGGCCUUUCUGGAUGACUGCUAUAAAAAUCUUGCAAAACCUCCCAACUUUGCUAAGGACAAGACUACUGUGGAUUCAAGUGCUUUAAUGACUAUGCUUUGACAGUGAGAAAUCAAGAGCAGUGCCAUGGAACAUUCCUGAGCAGAGGGGGGGAACAAAAAAGGAAACCGCACUGGAAAGAUUUGUAUGACUUCCACUUGGUUCAGAAAGUUUGUAUAUAACGGUUACCUGAGAAUCAUUUCUAUUUGCAGAAGGAUUCAGAACAAAGCAAAGUAUAAUUUUCUUGUCAUUGUACCAUGCUUGUUCAAUUUUAACGCAGCAUCUUUGGAACUUGUCCUAAUGGGGUCUCGUGUCAGCAUCCAGUCUCUGUGCGUUUGUGGAUGUUCCUCGUCACAGGAAGAUUUCUUCUGUUGCCUUAUUAUUUUUUUAAUUGAAACCUCUCCUCUGUCUUUGUACUGGAAUCAAAAUAAUAAGAAAAACAGAUCAACCGUACAAGAGUUAAUCCGUGACACUAUGCAGUAUGGUUUGAAGUCCUGUGGUUCGAAUUCUGUCUCUUUGUGUUAACUGGAUUUCUGCAUUAAAUGACUGCCCCUUGGU